AUGAACCGGUACCGUGCGCAGAAGAGAGCCGGUAGGAGGGUGGCAGAGAUGUUUCAGCUCAGUGAAAUCCUGGUUCCUCGCUUUGACGGCAGAUCGGAUCGACUUCACGCAUGUACAUCCCUUCGUUCUCAGCUCCAAGACGACUGUGGGCAUUGAAAGUUAGCCUUCCACCCAACUGUACAUGUGUAGGUACGAACGAACGUACGGUAUAUCUGGUGCAUGUAGCAAUUCACGAGUACAUACCGUACGUGCACCUAUGUAGCAUGUACGUCGGUAGGAUCAUUGCGAAGAUGUCUUACGUUAGAACGAAAGAGCGUUGGUGGAGUUGAUGGUGGUGGUGGUGGUGACGAUCGUGAUCGCAGCCAAAUUGCAAGCCCAACAGGUGAGACGAUGUCAAUCGAAGUCUGUUCUGGCCAGAGCUUUGAAAUUGUGUCUCCCAUUUCCUCCAGUUUUCGAUCUUCUUCGUACGAGCUAAAUCUGUGCAAAAUAACUUUAGUUGGCCAGAUAUUCAUCUCAUGUCUGCAAAUUUGUGUACGUCCAUGCCGACAAAUUUACGCCUGUGCUUACAUUAGAAAUUUUCCGCACCUGCGAACUCAUUUCAUCAAAGAGUAAGACUGUAUGCGUUUUCGUGAUUGUAAUUGCUGGGAGAUUGUUUCUCUAUCCGAGGCAGGCAAAGCCUCCAAGUGUCAGUGAUAAGUUUCUCGCUCCCCUUUUCUCUUCUCUGGUGUGUUUGGAACAACUCUGGAACAUAUCACCUUGGUCUGUUUGCACUGCUCCAGUGCUGUUUCCCUCCCCCCCCAAAGUUAUAUUGAGUGGCCUUCAUUUGUGUUCCAUUCUCUCUCUCAGUGUCUCUGUGUCAGUGAGUGAGUGCGUGCGUGCGUGCGUGUGUGUGUGUCCCUCUCUCUCUCUCUUGGGCUCAUUUUGUCCUGGUAAGCACCCGUUGGCUGAAUAUGUGGGCCUGAUUAAGAAGGGCGCCUUUCCAUCGUCAAGGCUGCGAAACAGAUUUCGACUAGGACAUUUCUCUUCGUGCUCUCUGUCACUCGGUCCCUCAUUCUGUUCCGACCUCCCUCAAUAAUCUUUGAGGGAAAAUAACAGAGAGGGAGAGAGAGCUCUUGUCAGAAACGAAAGCGUGAGGGUUAUUAUGGCCUCGUUGCAGACAGCAAGACUAGGCCAUCGAACCAGAGCGUCCGGGAUGGCCUCUCCUCCUGUUCGUCGUCGUCCCCCUCCUCCUUCUUCUUCUCCUUCUACUUGUUCUUCUCCUCCCUCUCCCGCUCCUCCUCUCACGAUGUCCACUUCUCCCUCAUCCUCGUCCUCCUCCUCCUCGUCGUCCUCCUCGUCGUCCUCAUCGUCGUCGGUGUGUUCCUCGAUAUGUUCAGGAGGAGGCCAGCGAGACACUAGAGCCAUCCUCAUCCUCAGUCCGCCAACCGUGGUUGGGAAGUGCAAGAUAACAGAAGAAUUCGAGAGGCUCCUAGGUCUGGAUCCAGCUAGUCGAGCGAAUCAGAGUAGCCUGACUCUGUCCCCGUCGUUCAAUGCUCCUCCCCGACCACUCUUGGGAUGUUAUCAGUGUCAGGAGUGCCCAGGAUUUAUAGUGCAUAGCCGACGAAACUCAUGUUUCAUUUGUAACUGCCCUCGAAGUGUUCACAACUUUACCACCAGCCUUCAAGGGCUUUGUCGCUCCAAGCCACCACUCACGGAUUCGUCCAAUCUCAGUCGCUUGAUCUCGCGUCUGGAACAAAGAGGACAAGUCCCCAUGGUCCAUGAAGGAUACGCUUGGUCUCCACCUGGCCUGUCGGCAUCCAAGACUGAGGAGUGGAUGCGAUUAUUACCGGACUCGAAGGUGCCGAAAUUGAAUACCUCCGGCGAGAAGCACCGUGAAAUGCAGCUUCAGUAUCAGAUUCCUCGUCAAGAUAUCUCGUUGAACCAUUGUCAUCAUGUGGACAAAAAAGAUCAUCAUUCCUUUGAAAACUUCACCAAAGCUCGCAACGACAUCGCCCUGGAUAUAGCCCAUGCCAUCGACAGUAUUAAGGAGAACUCAGUAUGUCUGAAAUGUCAGAAAGUCAUCUUGGCUGGAAGCGUGGCCGUGAUGGCUCCCAAAUUUGGACUCAACACUCAUUGGCAUCCAGCCUGUUUCACCUGUGCCACAUGUGAUGAAAUUCUUGUUGAUCUCACAUAUUGCGUAUUCGACGAAAAAAUCUUCUGUGAGAGGCACUACGCGGAAAACUUCAAGCCUCGAUGUGGAUCUUGCGAUGAGCUGAUUUUCUGCGGAGAGUACACGAAAGCUCUGAAUAAGGAUUGGCAUUGCGACCACUUCUUUUGUUUGAUGUGCCAAACUGUCCUCACCGGAAAGACGUACGUCCUCACCGAGGAUAACCAAUGUUGCAUUCCAUGUUACGAGAAAAAUUUCACCCACUCCUGCCAGUUAUGUCAGAACAAAAUCGGAAUCCAGGAGAAAGACAUGGGCUACAAAGAGAUGCAUUGGCACGAGGAUUGUUUCACUUGUCAGAAGUGCAAGGGCUCUCUCUCGGGCAAACCCUUCGCUUUGAAGAACACCUAUGUCUUUUGUGGGUCGUGUUAUGACUCGGAAUUCGCUUCCCGGUGCGCCGCUUGCGCCGAACCUUUCAAGCCCGGCACGAAACGGAUGGAUUACAAGAAUCGCAUGUGGCACGAGGCGUGCUUUCACUGUGUAAUAUGCAAAGUACUAGUGGGUACUAAUCCGUUCAUCAUUCCAAACGAAACGGAUGUGUAUUGCGUCAAAUGCUUCGAGGACAAAUUCGUCACGAAAUGCACGAAAUGCAAGAAAGUCAUGACCACCGGCGGCGUGACGUUCAAAAACGAGUCUUGGCACCGCGAGUGCUUCACGUGUACCAAUUGUUCCCUGGUCCUGGCUGGUCAAAAGUUCGCUUCCAAAAAUGAUCAGCCCUACUGUGCCAAGUGUUACGGGGAACUCUUCGCCAAACGGUGCACCUCUUGUUCCGAGCCCAUCACCGGGACGGGUGGGACGCGUUUCAUUUCGUUUGAAGGGAGACACUGGCAUUCGCAUUGCUUCAAGUGCGCCAUGUGUACCCUCUCAAUGGCCGGCAAAGGCUUCAUCACGGAUGGCGAGGAUAUCAUCUGCCCGGAUUGUGCCAAGAACAAACUGACUGGGGUGUAGGGCACCCCAGGUCCGAUUGUAUUAUCUUUAUCAAAUCAUUUGCCGUUGCUGGAUGGAUUGCCAGUUAUGGAAUCACGCCAACAAAACAACCCAGUCAUAAACACCUCGGUCUUUUCCGACUGUUCUUUUUCUUCUUCAGUCUGCCUCGGUCAAUUUGACUCGUCCAAUUGGCGAUGCAAAUAAAAGCAGCCUAGUUCGCUUGUA